AUGGCCCUCCGGCCGUCCACCCUCUUGACAAUUCUCUGCAUCUUUGUCCCUCUCAUCUUCAUCUCCGCGUUCUAUCAUCGCAACCCGCCGUCUCUGAAUGCCCAACUUGCGUCGCAGCAUAGUGACGUGUAUGACACACCGCUCAGCGACGUGCGGAGGAGCAGGAUCGUAGCGGUUGGAGAUCUUCACGGCGACUUGGGGAACGCGCAGAAGGUUCUGGAGAUGGCUGGUGUCGUUGACUCUACAGGUGCGUGGUCUGGUGACGUGGAUGUGUUCGUGCAGACCGGGGACAUCAUCGACAGGGGGGACGACACUGUCAAACUCUUCUUGUGGAUGGAAGACCUGCGUGUGCAGGCUGCGGAGGCUGGUGGACGCGUCUUGUCCCACCUGGGCAACCACGAGUGGAUGAACGCCAUCGGCGACUGGAGAUAUGUCCCGCAGACCGAGAUCAAGACCUUCGGCUCUGUCGCCGCCCGCCAGAAGAUGCUGUCUACUGGUCGAAUUGGUCGUGCUUGGGCGUCGAACUACACCACGACCUCGCGUCUUCCACUUCACCCGUCCCUCGGCCCCCCCAACAGUGACUACCCUCCCGACUCAUCUUCUCCUCUACGUGCCCUGCCCUCCCCGCUCUCUCAUGCCGCCUAUUCCUUUGUGCACGGAGGCCUCGCACCUACAUACGCACACCUCUCCCCCUUCCCCUCGGCCAUCAACGCCAUCGGAAAGUCCUUGCUGCAAAAGCUGCAGGGGCGCGCUCAGCAACCACCACCCCAUCCGCCAAACCCAUAUCCAGGGCUUCCGGCGAGUGCGACCCAGGACGAAAAGGCCCUUUACGAAUCUGACGGGCCGCUGUGGUAUCGGGGAUGGGCGCUCGGGAACGAGGACAUAGUCUGCAAGGCUGUGGAUGGUGUGCUAGAGAAGACGGGGACGAGGAGGAUGAUCAUGGGACACACACCAGAUUUCGAGAGAAUCGUAUCGAGAUGCGAUGGCAAAAUUAUCAUCAUUGAUACUGGGAUAUCGCACGCAUACGGAGGCGCUCUUUCGGCGCUGUCCAUAGAUUACACCUUGGUUCCCCUUCCGGCCUCCGCCUCGGGAGAGAAGAGAUGGCGGGAGAAGGAGGUUGUCAAGGCGCUAUACGACGGCUGGUAUGAUGUGUUCGUGGACCACGAGAGGGAAAUCUCUGGAGACUUCUGA